AUGAAACAGAUUGUUCUUAUUGAGCUUAAGGAGAUAGUAUCAAUCUACUCUGUUUUUGUACCUCCAAAUCUGACUCCUGCUCAGUCGAACCGUGUAGAUCUUCCACCAGCGCUUCUUUCAAGAUUUAAUCUUUUGUGGUUGAUCUUAGAUCGAGCUGAUAUGUACAGCGACCUGGAGUUGUCUAAGCAUGUUUUUAACAUGGACAUCUCUGGUUUCUCUAGUGCAUACAUUUCAGCUGCUAGGAGAUUAUGCCUAUACGUUCCAUCAGAGUUAGGGGAAUACAUAGCAACGGCUUAUUCCUGCAUCAAGCAAGAAGAAGCAAGAUCGAAUACUCCUCGUUCUUACACAACAGUGAGAACGCUGCUCAGCAUUCUGUGCAUAUCCGCUAUAAGCACUAGCAAGGUUGAGAUAUCAUUGUAUGUCGAUGACAUGCAAACAGCAGGACUAGAUGCAAUAUCAGACACAUACUCAAUCAUAAGAGAUGAAGCUUCAAGAUCGAAGAAGACCCAUGUGAGCUAUGCAAAUGCUCUUAACUGGAUCUCCAGGAAGGGAUAUAGUGAGGCUCAGCUUAAGGAGUGUUUGGAGGGAUUCAUGACUCGUCAGAUCUACCAA